ACGUUGCCCCUUGAAUUGAGCCGAACGCCAUUAGCUAUGGCUUCUGCUGAAGGAGGAGACAAGUACCGGUCGUUCCUGCACGGCGAUGGCGAGAAGAACACCGUGUGGAGGCAUGGAGCCCCUCCCAACUACGACCUGGUGAACAAGCUCUUCGAGGAAGAGAGGACCAAGGAAUGGCCGGAGGGGUCUCUGGAAGAGAAGGUGCAGCGCCUGCUCAAAAGCUGGGAGAUGGAGAUGGUCCACAAGGUGCGCCCCGAGGACCAGAAGAGCGCCAUCGGCGGCUACAACGCGUUCCUGGCGACCAAGCUGCCGCCGGAGCACCGCAUCUACGACCCGGACAAGGAGACGGUCGACUCCGGCAUGUCGACGUUCCUCACGGCGUUCCCCAGGGGCUUCGCCAUCGAGGUGCUGGACGUGUACAGCGGCCCGCCGAGGGUCGCCUUCAAGUUCCGGCACUGGGGUUACAUGGAGGGGCCGUUCAAGGGCCACCCCCCUCACGGCCACCGCGUCGAGUUCUUUGGCGUCUGCAUUUUCCACGUUGACGACGACACGAGGGUGGAGAAGGCCGAGUACUUCUACGAGCGUGGCAACUUCCUCGCGAGCUUCUUGAUAUCCUAAAUCGGCUUCAAAUUGACCAAGUCCACCAAAUCGAUCGCCCUCAUCCCACUCUCGUCCUCAGUUUCUUGCGUUUGAGUUGUCGCUUUCAUCCACUUUUGCUCCCUGUCCACGCCGCUGUCCUUGUCCGGCAUCGUAGAUGUCGACACCGAGCACCCCGUCCCCCACCGCCUCCAUGUGGGGGUACCGACCAUCGUCUCUUGCAAGGCGGAGAACAUCGCUCGAACAGAUUGGCGCAACCGGCAGCGCGUAAGGAAGUUACGAAGACGGUAGCUGCGGAGAGGGGAGUGGCGGAGAAGGCUAGAGACAUGGAUAUAUGUAUGUCUAGUCUGGCAACCGCCUCCGUGUCGUCCGCCGUGAAAUAACAAGGCGCCAAACUCUGUUCCACCACCCAAAUGGGCCAUCCCGGAUGGCUGGACGGAAGACGUCGCUACCGCGGAGACAAUGUAGGAGUCGCCGCAAUUCCAAAGGUUGCGGACAACAUUGUGAAACGUCGGCGCCGUGCAGGCCCACCUGUUAUUCAACGAUAUGCCCGACCAAGACCAGGUACAUUCUUGCCCCAUAUGACAUUGAAUCGCAUGCUUCGUUUGUUGCACAUGCCAUUGGAUAAAUCUAGGGAUGUAGUUUCAUUGCGGUGCAUAUUGUAGGACACAUUUAUGAUGGACAUGAUACAUGAUGGUCAAGAGUCUAUGCAUUAUGACUUAUUGAUACCAAUUCCCCAUGUAUGAAGUCGGGCAAACAUCGUAAAAAGGAAAGAACCAAAGGCAAGAGGUCCGGCAUUCACAAGCCAUGAGAAUGUGUUGUUAUGUGAAUCUUGGUUGGCCACAAGCAUGUAUCCAAUUUGUGGAACCGAGCAAAAGGGUGUUAAGUAUUGGUAAACAAAAUCCACAAAUACUACUAUGAACACAAGAAGUAUGUGCAGCCGAACUCUAUCCAUACCACUCGCAGUGAGGGCUCUUUCUAAUAUAGAUGGUCCAUGAUCCAAGAAAGCGUCAAAAAGUUUUGCGUUUACUAUACACAAGUGGUUGGCUGAACCAAAAUGAGAUUGGAGUCCAAAGCCAUGUUGACUUGCUUCACAUUGUCAUCAUUUGAAUUUCUA